AUGAGUGGCAUACCCAAUGAGCUCCUGGCAGCACUCUCUCGGGAUGAGGAUGGCAUCAGCUUCUUGUGCAACCAUUUGACGAUGAUGCUGUCUUGCCCCCAAGCUGCUCCAGAAGACUAUGUUAGAGCUUUUGUGUGUUUGAUCCCCAAGAAACCCGACAUCAAGCUCCCCUCCGACCUCAGACCCAUUGCCCUAUUGGAGUCUACAUUGAAGCUGUGCUCGGGUCUCCUGUUCAGAAGAUGGGUUGCACGCUGCCGCAUCCCGCAAGCCCAGAAAGGUGCCUUGCCAGGUUGCCAGACUCUUUCCGCAUUGUUUCUCGCACAGCAGCUUCUUUAUGUUGAGUACAAAACUGCGAAACCGGGUUUAUGGUUGUUGGUUGAUGUUGCACAAGCUUUCGACUCGUUGCGAAGAUCGCGGAUUCUUGAAUACCUCAUCAGCGGGCCCCCGGAGCUCUCCAAAGAGGCUGCUGCACUGUUUGAAUAUCUCAAGUCCUACAUGGUCUUCCAUUGGGGAGGCCACGCCUGGACAGAGCUCACGAGCACCGGCAUUCAACAGGGCUCUCCGCCUAGCGCGGGACUAUUUGCUUUGAUCCUGGGAGAGGCACUCGAUGCACUUUUCUGUUCCUGGGAUACACAUGAAAAUAUUCGGGCUAGGCACCGUGAUGCCAUGGGACGGCCGCUACACGGCUGGGCCUUCGCAGAUGAUUGUAUCCUCAACUUCUUGGGCUGGUCCGAUUACAAGAAGGGCUUCUCCUCUUUGCUUCUUGCUUUUCAGGAGCUUGGUUUGAGUAUCAAUCUGAGCAAAACCUACCUCAUCGUGCAUCCCAGUCUCCUGGAGGACGGACUCGCUUACUUCAGGGAUGAUCCCGAUCAUCCUGGUUUUCGUUGUAAAUGGGUUCAGGAGGGGCUCUACUUGCGCAAACCUUUCAAGCACUUCGUUGGGGCCACCAAUCUGUCGGACUGGGCUUUGUCUGCCGCUCGUGCUCUCUCGCACGCGGGAUGGGAAACACUCGCUGCGCCGGCUAAAUGCUGCAACUGGAGCGAUGUGCACACUGCUCUACGCAUGGUAAACCGGUACAUCUUUUCCAAAUGGGCUUGGUUUGGACCGAUGUUUGAACCCUUGCAAUAUGUGCUUGAUGCUAUUGGUGUCAUGAACUGCACAAUGCUCCUGUUGAUGCUCAAGCUGUACCUUCCUUCUGACCUUGCGCAAGCCAAGGCGAUGACCCUUAACAGGCAGAGGAGGAGGUGCGUUAAACAGCUGUUGACGGUCAUUCCACGUAAGUCUUGGUCCUACCUUGUGGUCAGACGAAAAUGGUGUUAUUUGGGUCACUGCUUGCGGCGGAACGAAACUGCCUUGGAGUCUACGCUGCUUUUCUGCUCUGACCCCGCUCAGCAUAAGCAAGCUGUGCCUGCUCCGUGGAAUACGAUCUUCAGUUUCGGGCUCGGUAUCUGCGGAUGUUUAGGGCUAGAUGAUCUCCGCUCUCUUGCCAUGGACAAGGCAGCUUGGAAUGCCAGAGCUGACACCGUAGCACUUUCGUAUGUGAUGCACACAGGGUACUUUUCGGAGCUGUUGUGGUCGUCCUGGAGGGAUGCUUUCCGCAGCUCUGAGUGCGUCACGUGGUACCUGUCUGUAGCACUCUUUCCUUGCAAUGGCUGUCUUUACAUGGCCUGGCUGGACCCGGAGUACGGCUCCAUGGUACUUAGCAUUGAGUCUGAUAUUGUUGACGCUCUACAUCUUCUUAAGGCUUCGCGGAAUUUCUUUAACCUCGACGUCCUCGUCAGUGCUCGUUGGGGUGAUGUGCUGUUGCCUGAUAUCCCUGCAAUUACAUCCCGAAUCUUUAAGGAUCUUGGAGUUGUAGCCACAUGGUCGUUGCAUCCUGAAACUUGA